AUGGCCAGCAAUACUUUUGCUAUCCCUGAAUCUCCGCAUACGGUCCUCGUGUCUAUCAUCGACACUACAUGCAAGGUAUCCAUCGAGACCGAUAAAGUGUUUGUUCCGCGAUACCCCGGGCACGACUUUUUAAACGUACCAACCUAUGCCUUUCUCAUCAAGCACCCUGAACUGAAUCGCAACGUAUUAUUUGAUUUGGGUCUUCGCAAGGACUGGUGGAACUCUGCCCCUGUUGUUCGAAACAUCCUCCAAGAAGGAAAAUCUCACCUGUCGAUCCAAAAAGACAUUCGAGAGAUCCUGGAGCAUGGUGGAGUUCCAAUCAACACCAUUGACACGAUGGUAUGGAGUCAUUGGCAUAUUGACCACAUAGGCGACCCUAGUCUCUUCGAUACCAGUGUCAGAUUGAUCGUCGGGCCUGGUUUCAAGGAACACAUCUUACCACCAUUUCCACCGAAUAAGGACUCCAUGGUCCUUGAAAGCGAUUUUAAUGGCCGAGAAUUGGAAGAACUGGAUUUCACUGAAGGCAGCCUCAAAAUCGGACGGUUUAAUGCCAUUGAUUAUUUUGGUGAUGGCUCUUUCUACUUUCUGGAUGCCCCUGGACACUCUAUCGGUCACAUUGCCGCUCUCGCACGGGUUACAUCAGCACCAGAUAGUUUUAUCCUAAUGGCAGGGAUGGAUACCAAUUCGGACAAUAUACCUGCCGAUGCAGGUGUACUUUCAUGUGGUGCCGUGUUCGACAAACUGCGUGAAGAGAAGGAUAUGAGAGCCCCAUUCUACUCAGCGGCGAGGAACGGCGUCAGUUUUAACGCAGAUGACGCAAACGCAACUAUUGAAUAUCUCCAAGAUGCCGAUAACAGAGAUGAUGUUUUUAUUGUGUUUUCCCAUGACGAUACACUGCUUGACGUUGUCGAUUUUUUCCCGGAUAUUGCGAAUGAUUUCAUGCAGAAAGGUUGGGCUAAAAAGAGCAAAUGGGGUUUCCUUCGGGAUCUCAUCGAAACCCAGGCGGAUUCGGAUAAUGUUUAA